AAGAUUAUAAAAAAAAAGAGCAAGAUCUGUAAAUUGUCCCCCACAUAAUUGGAAACACACCACUCAUGCCACUUGUUCGGAGACAUCCCCCCCCUCCUUCGCUUUAUUUAAGAUACUGAAAAUGAUGUCAUAUUAUAGAUGUAUAUAUUUUUAUUAUCCGCCAUAAAAUUGUGGGGGGGGGGAGAGAACAAGAACAAAAAUUAUAAAAAGAAAGGGGGAGGAGCAACAGCCUUCAUGACUAUUAGGGAACAACCAAUGCAGGUCUAUUCAUCAAACUGACCAAUAAGAUAACAUCUUUUGACAGUCCAUCAUGAAUAAAGAAAACAUAGAAUACAUAAAUGUAUAUAAAGAGGCAAUCAUCGUAAAGCAUUUAUUUCUUCUUUAAAACACACAAUGUACUCUGAUAUCACACAUAAGAGCCAAAUUCAAAAUUCGAAAGAAGAAGAAACGAUUUCCUUUGAAUGGAAAAAUGGACGUCGACUUGCGAAUGAUCAAGAUGUAGCCUAUAUUUUGCCCAGUGAUCAAACUGAAGUGGAUCGAUUAAAGCUAAACCAUGAAUUAUGGAAACUUGUUAUUGAAGGUUUAUUUAAAUCGCCUAUUCAUGAAAAGCUAGUGCAAGGUAUUCGUGUUCUAGAUAUUGGUUGUGGCCCUGGCUGGUGGAGUUUGGAUAUGGCACGUCUUUACCCUAACUCUGAAUUCAUCGGUAUAGAUAUGGCAGAUGUCUUUAUCAAUCAAGACCUUCCCUCAAAUGUCACAUUCAAGAUAUUGAAUGCAGGCACAACUGGCUUGAGUCAAUUUGAAGAUGAUUCCUUUGACUUUGUCUUUCAACGUUUCUUGGUUAUGGGAUUCCCCUUGGAUCAAUAUCUAUGGUCAAUUCAAGAAAUGAAGCGUAUUUUAAAACCAGGCGGAUCUAUUGAAAUAUUAGAACUUGUGAAUGAAUACAAGAAUGGAGGACCUGCGUUUAAGAAUAUGAAUACAUGGAUUGACAAGGCGUUAUCAUCUAGAAAUAUGGAUUCAUUUAUUGCUGAUAAAAUUGCAAGAUUCCUAAAAGAGGCAGGUUAUAAAGAUAUCAAGGAAAUAGAUUAUGAUGUACCUAUUGGCACAUGGGGUGGACUUAAUGGUGAAAUAUAUUUAGCUAUUCAGAAAUUAGCUUUACCUGCUGUUAAAGUGAUGGUCACUGAACUAGUUCCUUUUGUUACAAAUGAAAUCUAUGAAGAUAAUUUAAAAUUAGCAUUUGAAGAAGUGGAAACAGGACAUAUCUCAACUCGAUUUAGACUUAUCUAUGCAUUUAAAUAAAAAAUAUAUAUGAGGGAAGUUUUAUUUUAAUUUUACUUUUUAUUUGUAAUUGAAACAAAGCAGUCAUAGUGUCAAGCCCUAUAACAGCCUUUUAUUUUAUUUUAUUGUAUUUUAUUUUAUUUUAUU